UAAAAUUUAUUAUACUUGUUUUUAGAAAUGCAAAUGGCAAGAAUCGAGCAUCUUCAGUUUCCGGCUCUCAAAAUAACUGGCGAAAACUAUGUCGGAUGGGUCACAAACGUGAAACCCUAUCUGAUUAUGAAAAAGUUAACCGAGACGAUUGUAAUCGGUAACAAAUCGCCGCCUGAGCAUAAGACUGAAGCGAUAAUUUUCCUGAAAAAACACCUCGAUGAGAAUGUUACGCAUGACUAUGCGAGCAUAGAAGACCCAGCUGAACUGUGGCAAGCUUUAAAAGAAAGGUUCGAUAACCAAAAGGAAGUCAACCUACCUCACGCUCUAGAAGAGUGGAAAAAUCUGAGGUUUCAGGAUUUCCAAAAGGUUGAAGAAUACAAUUCCGCUGUCCUGAGGAUAGUUUCACUUCUGAAGUAUUGCGGUAACCCUGUCUCUGAAGCAGAAAUGAUGAAUAAGACAUACAACACUUUCCACAAACAGCUUCACUUCCUACCCGAAAUUUACAGAAAAUGCGGGUACACGAGAUUUUCUGAAUUGAUGGUUGCGCUCAUGUUGGCUGAAAAGAACAAUGAGCUUCUGAUCAAAAACCACAAUUCCCGACCUACGGGAGCCAAAGCAUUCCCUGAAGUGAAUGCUACGGUGAUAGAAAACUCAGAGAGAAGAACCCAAACCAGUCGUGGUCGUGGUCGCCAUUUCAACAGCAAACGUGGAAAAACUUACAAUCCCAAAUGGAAGGGAUCUAACAAAUGGAUUAGAUCCGAACAAGGUCCUAAGGGCAAAGAAACUCAAGAAGAUACCACCCAGAAGCGUGAGAAUGUAUGUUACAGAUGUGGAUGUAAGGGACAUUGGUCUCGUACCUGUCGUACUCCUCCACAUCUCUGUAAGUUAUAUCAAGAGUCCACGAAAGGCAAAGCUAAGGAGGUGAAUCUCACAGAAAAUUUUGAGGGGACAUCGUACCUCGAUGCCUCUGAUUUCGCAAAUGAGCUGGACUAGAUUCCUCCUGAAGAGAACUGAAGUGCUUAUAAUAAGACUACUAAAUAAUCUUCAGUACUGUCAUGUAUAAUUAUCACAUUUCCUGUCUUAAACGAAUAAUGAUGGUUUAACGUCACUUUAAUGUAUAAUUAUUGUAUGUUUUCUGAUAUGAUUAUUAUAUGAAUGAAUUUCGUGUUUCUCUUUUUAUUGAUGUUUAUGACUAUUACAGAAAUGGAUCAGAAUGCCAGUGGAACA